AUGUAGUGGACAUCUACAACAUUUUGGAAUGGUUUAACAAUGUACACUACCAUAUUUUAGUUAUUUAUACAGUUCCGGGCUAUAGACUAUGAAUUUUGGAAGCUAAUAAACGAGUAACGGAACAACUUGGUACUAGAGUAUCAUCUACUCAAAUCGAUUAAGCGACUUAUCCUUUACAUUAAUGCCGAUUUAACCACCUGGCAUUAAAACAAACCUUAGCUGGAAUAGAGAGUUUAUUUUGAUAGACUGUAAAUACUAAAUCAAUGGGGCUCAACAGCAAAUUAUAUUAAAAGAAUUUUUUAAAUGCUUGCCAAAGAUUUUCACGGUAUUUAAAAUUUAUAGAAGUUCAAUAAGGCAAUUUUUUUGUUAUUGUAAAUACUCCUACCCUCUUUUAGUUUGAAUAUAAAAUAGUAAUAUUAACAUGUAUGCAGACUUAAAUUGUUAGAAUCAAGCAGAGAUUUUGGUAGAUUUUUCAACAAUAUAAUUUUAAAAGUAUAGGGUAAUAAACCGUAUUUUGUAUUUUUAUUAUUACAGCCCAUAAAUCAGGAACAGCAAGCUGUCACUCAUGAGGAGGAGGAAGAGGAAGAAGAAGAAGGCGUAGAAGGUGACCAUCACUCCCCCAUGCUAUGGACAGUCCACUGGGAAACGACGGAUGGUCAAAGCAAAGUUCUUAUCAGUGUUGCGAAUAACGAAGUGGACGAGCUUUGUGUUCGCAAGCCGUCGUCAGCCGCGGAGAUGAAACGCAAGCAGACGACAGCGGUGGUGCUGCUGGGUGUGAUCGGAGCAGAGUUUGGUCAAGACGUGGGAGAGACGAGCCGGAAACGGUCCGAGGAUCAACGUCGUAAGAGCUCUGUCGUCGAGGGCUUUGGUAUUGGCAACAACAACCUGGCACGUCUUACAA